GUGGAAGCAGGGUCUGUUGACAUCGGUGGGCCAUUCACACGCGCCCCACACUUCAUUCUACAGGGCGCUUCGAAAGUCAUAGAAACAAGCUGGAAAACCAGUGUGUGGAUUAAAGCAUCAGAGAACAAUGUCUCCUCCACGGCUCACGGGUGCACUGCGCUCCUUCUCCAAUGUCAGCAAGAAGGACGACUUCACUGAGCAGCUCUAUGAUUUGAAGACCAAACGGCUGAAGAGACGGGAGCUGUUUGCCAGAGAGGGCCUGACGUGGCAGAAGAUUGUGCAUUUCUGCACUGAGCAUCAGGACAAAGCUAAGCAGCAAGCUGCCAGUCGGGAACUGAAGAGCCUCCUACUGGCAGCCAAACAGAUUGUGGGGACUGAACAUGGUCAGGAGGCCAUUGAAAGUGCUGCUGUCUUUCUGUUUGAGACCUUCCACAACAAAGACCAUGUGGGCACAGAGGAGACCCGGGCCAUCAAACAGAUGUUCGGCCCCUUUCCCUCAUCUGGAGCCGAAGCCUCCUGUGCCUCUGUGGCUCAGCUGGUGGCUUCACUCGGAGACUCCCAUGUAGAGGACUUUAUCCAGACCCAGAGCUCUCGUCACAACCCCCAACGAGGCUCCACUUUCGGACGCAACAUUGCCUUCUCAUAUGACUGCUACACUCUGGACCCACUCGAGGACCUGCCGUGCUCUGGCAUCCAUGAGGAGAAAGUGAGCUUAGACUUUGUCAACUUCCUUAACAACCAGCAGAGCGGGAGGAAGAUCACCGGUGAGGAAGAGAUGUCCAGCUCAAUAAGAUCUCUGAGCGCUGGGGAUGGAGCAAUUCUUAGAAGAGAGGUAGAGAAGUAUCUGAAUGGAGGCAACAUGAUCUCAUCCAGCCCAGAGGAGCUGUGCACCUCCCUGUUUGAAAUGCUGGCCUCCCACAAGAGCGACGAUGAGCUGCAGAAUGAGCUGUUCGAGCUGCUGGGCCCAGAGGGGCUGGAGAUGAUCUCCACUCUCCUACAGCAAAGGGCGGCCAUUGUCGACUCCCUCCUCGCCAUUGCACCUGACAGGACUGGCUAUCCACCAGAUAUGGGCCGAAAAGUCAGCGGCGAAGUGACCAAGCCCACCUAUGGGUGCCAGGUGACCAUCCACUCAGAGCAGGAGAAACAGAUGAUGAAGAUGUACCGCAGGGAGGAGAAGAGAGAGAGGAAGAGAGGCAAAGGAACAGAUGACAGCGACUCCUCAGAUGCUGUCAUGACCUUUGACCCCAGAGAGAUGAGAGCCCAGCGGGAGCAGGCCCUGCUGACUGCACGCCGUGAACCUGUACUCAGCAGAGAAAGAGUCUAUGAACGUAUUCGAUAUCCCAAUGUCUACGACAGCUAUGCAGAGGCCACAAAGUCGCCUGCGUUUGUCGGAGGAGCCAGGAUGCUGCUACCCGAGGGAAUCCGUAGAGAAAACAAUAAAAUGUAUGAAGAGGUGGAGAUCCCACCCAACGAACCCAUGGCUGUCGGCUUUGAAGAGAAGCCGGUCUACAUCUCUGAAUUAGAUGAGAUUGGGCAGCUGGUGUUCAAGGGGAUGAAGCGUCUGAACAGAAUCCAGUCCAUGGUGUUUGAGACGGCCUACAACACCAAUGAAAACCUUCUCGUCUGCGCCCCGACCGGUGCCGGCAAGACCAACAUCGCCAUGCUGACCGUCCUUCAUGAAAUCCGCCAGCAUCUGCAACACGGUGUCAUCAAGAAGGAUGAAUUCAAGGUUGUAUAUGUGGCUCCUAUGAAGGCCUUGGCAGCUGAGAUGACUAAUUACUUCAGUAAACGAUUGGAGCCACUGGGUAUCGCUGUUAAAGAACUCACUGGAGACAUGCAACUAACCAAAGGAGAGAUCCUGCGAACACAGAUGUUGGUGACGACUCCUGAGAAGUGGGAUGUCGUGACCAGGAAGAGUGUCGGAGACGUGGCUCUGUCCCAGAUCGUGCGUCUUUUGAUCUUAGAUGAGGUUCAUCUUCUCCACGAAGACCGAGGACCAGUGCUGGAGAGCCUGGUGGCCAGGACGAUCAGACAGGUGGAGUCCACCCAGAGUAUGAUCAGGAUCCUGGGACUGUCAGCCACCCUGCCCAACUACCUGGACGUGGCCGGCUUCCUCCAUGUCAACCCUUACAUUGGCCUGUUUUUUUUUGACAGUCGCUUCAGACCGGUGCCCCUUGGACAGACCUUUGUUGGUAUCAAAACCACUAACAAGAUCCAGCAGCUUCAUGACAUGGAGGAGGUUUGUUACAACAAAGUUCUAGAGCAGGUUAAAGCUGGUCAUCAGGUGAUGGUGUUUGUCCAUGCUCGUAAUGCCACGGUGAAGACGGCCAUGGGGCUGAUUGAGAUGGCGAAGAACCAGGGAGAAACAUGCUUCUUUCAGCCAGACCAAGGUCCCGACUAUGGCCAGUGUGAGAAACAGAUUCAGCGCUCCAGAAACAAGCAGAUGAAGGAGAUGUUCCCAGAAGGGUUUGGAAUCCACCAUGCUGGCAUGUUGCGGUCUGACCGCAGCCUGAUGGAGAGCAUGUUCUCCAAGGGCCACCUCAAGGUGCUGGUCUGUACUGCCACUCUGGCCUGGGGAGUGAACCUGCCAGCUCAUGCAGUUAUCAUCAAGGGUACUCAAAUCUACGAUGCCAAGCGCGGUGCCCUGGUGGAUCUGGGCAUCCUGGAUGUCAUGCAAAUUUUCGGGCGUGCAGGUCGUCCCCAGUUUGACAAGUAUGGUGAAGGCACCAUCAUCACCUCCCAUGACAAACUGAGCCACUACCUGACCCUGCUCACCCAGCAGAACCCCAUCGAGAGUCAGUUCCUGGACAGCCUGGCCGACAACCUCAAUGCUGAGGUUGCUCUGGGGUCAGUCACCAACGUGGAGGAGGCAGUGAAGUGGCUCAGUUAUACUUACCUUUAUGUUCGCAUGAGGGCCAACCCACUGGCAUACGGCAUCAACCACAAGGCUUAUCAGAUGGAUCCCUCCUUGGAGCUAUAUAGAAAGGAGCUGGUGGUGGAGGCAGGCAGGAAGCUGGACAAGGCCAGGAUGAUCCGCUUUGAGGAGCGCACUGGCUACUUUGCCUCCACGGACCUGGGCAGGACUGCCAGCCACUUCUACAUCAGAUACAACACCAUAGAGACAUUCAAUGAAAAUUUCAACUCUCAGCGAACAGAAGCGGACAUCCUCAGUAUUGUGUCCAAGGCCGAAGAGUUUGAGCAGCUUAAGGUCCGUGAUGAGGAGUUGGAGGAGCUGGAUCAGCUGCUGUGUAACUACUGUGAGCUGCCGGCUGCAGGUGGGGUGGAGAACAGCUACGGCAAGAUCAACAUCCUGCUUCAGACGUACAUCAGCCGAGGAGAGGUGGACAGCUUCUCCCUCAUCUCAGACCUGUCGUAUGUGGCACAGAAUGCCGCUCGGAUUGUCAGGGCUUUGUUUGAGAUUGCCCUGAGGAAGCGAUGGCCGGCCAUGACCUACCGACUGCUCACCCUCUGUAAGGUGAUUGACAAGCGACUGUGGGGCUUUGCCCACCCUCUCCGCCAGUUCCCCAGCCUGAGCCAUGUUGUACUGAACCGCCUGGAGGAGAAGCAGCUCACUGUGGACAAACUGAAGGAAAUGAGGAAGGAUGAGAUUGGUCACAUGCUGCACCAUGUCAACAUUGGGUUAACAGUCAAACAGUGUGUCCACCAAAUCCCUUCGAUCACAAUGGAGGCCAGCAUCCAGCCAAUCACACGCACCGUCCUACGCGUUCGCCUCAUCAUCACACCUGACUUUCGCUGGAAUGACCAGGUCCACGGGUCAGUGGGUGAGCCAUGGUGGUUAUGGGUGGAGGAUCCCAUCAAUGAUCACAUCUAUCACUCAGAGUACUUCCUCCUGCAGAAGAAACAGGUGGUAACAGGAGAGCCUCAGCACAUAGUGUUCACCAUCCCCAUCUUUGAGCCCUUGCCCUCGCAAUACUACAUCAAGGCAGUGUCUGACCGCUGGCUCGGGGCCGAGGCUGUCUGCAUCAUCAACUUCCAGAACCUCAUCUUACCCGAGAGACACCCCCCACACACCGAGCUGCUGGACCUGCAGCCGUUGCCGGUGACAGCUCUGGGUAACCGAGCGUAUGAGGGCCUGUACAAGUUUACCCACUUCAACCCCAUCCAGACUCAGAUCUUCCACACGCUGUAUCACACUGACACAAACGUUCUGCUGGGGGCCCCAACAGGCUCUGGUAAAACCAUUGCAGCAGAGAUGGCCAUGUUCCGGGUCUUCAACAAGUAUCCAACCUCUAAGGUGGUGUACAUUGCCCCCCUCAAAGCCCUGGUCAGAGAGAGGAUUGAGGACUGGAAGGUCAGAAUUGAAGAGAAACUAGGGAAGAAAGUGGUGGAGCUGACAGGUGAUGUGACACCAGACAUGAGAGCUAUAGCACAGGCUGACCUCAUCGUCACCACACCAGAGAAGUGGGAUGGAGUGAGCAGAAGCUGGCAGAACCGAAGCUACGUUCAGAAAGUAGCUAUUCUCAUCAUCGAUGAGAUCCACCUGCUGGGUGAAGACAGGGGUCCAGUGUUGGAGGUCAUCGUAUCCAGGACCAACUUCAUUUCCUCUCACACCUCUAAGACUGUCAGAGUAGUUGGUCUGUCCACAGCUCUGGCCAACGCUCGAGACCUCGCCGACUGGCUGGGAAUCGGACAGGUGGGUUUGUUUAACUUCCGUCCGUCUGUUCGGCCCGUACCGCUGGAAGUUCACAUCCAUGGUUUCCCAGGUCAACACUACUGCCCCCGCAUGGCCAGCAUGAACAAGCCUACCUUCCAAGCAAUACGCAGCCACUCACCGGCCAAACCAGUGCUGAUUUUUGUGUCAUCACGACGACAAACUCGACUGACCGCCCUGGACCUCAUCGCCUACCUGGCCACAGAGGACAACCCCAAACAGUGGCUGCACCAGGACGAGAGGGAGAUCGAGGAUAUCAUCGCCACAGUAAGGGAUUCCAACCUGAAGCUAACGUUGGCCUUUGGGAUUGGCAUGCAUCAUGCAGGCCUGCAUGAGAGAGACAGAAAGACUGUGGAAGAGCUGUUUGUCAACUGCAAGAUCCAGGUUUUGAUUGCCACCAGUACUCUGGCCUGGGGGGUGAAUUUCCCCGCUCACCUGGUGGUCGUCAAGGGAACUGAAUACUAUGAUGGCAAAUCCAGGCGCUAUGUGGACUACCCCAUUACAGAUGUUCUGCAGAUGAUGGGGCGAGCAGGUCGACCUCAAUUUGAUGACCAGGGAAAAGCAGUUAUCCUUGUCCAUGACAUCAAGAAGGAUUUCUACAAGAAGUUCCUCUAUGAGCCUUUCCCUGUUGAAUCCAGCCUCCUCAGUGUGCUGUCAGACCAUCUGAAUGCUGAGAUUGCUGCAGGAACCAUCUCAUCCAAACAGGAUGCAAUGGACUACAUCACCUGGACUUACUUCUUCAGACGGCUGGUGAUGAACCCCAGUUAUUACAGCCUAGAAGACAUCAGCCACGAGUCCAUUAACAAAUACCUGUCCAACCUGGUGGAGAGAAGCCUACGGGACCUGGAGUGCUCUUACUGCAUAGAGUUGAAAGAGGACGAUCGGACUAUUGAGCCACUGACAUUUGGUCGCAUCGCCUCCUAUUACUACCUGAGGCAUCAAACCAUGCGCAUUUUUAAAGAACGGCUGAGGGCUGAGCUGCCCGUCCAUGAGCUGCUCUCCAUUCUGACGGAUGCAGAAGAGUAUGCUGAGCUGCCCGUCAGACACAAUGAGGACCAGCUGAACAGCCAGCUGGCUCAGCAGCUCCCCCUGCAGGUCAAUCCCCACUCCUAUGACAGCGCCCACACCAAGACCCACCUGCUGCUGCAAGCCCACUUCAGCCAUGCCCAGCUGCCAUGCAGUGACUACACCACAGAUACCAAGACAGUGCUGGACAAUGCCAUCCGAAUCUGUCAGGCGAUGCUGGAUGUCGCUGCCAAUGAGGGUUGGCUGGUUACAGCCAUCAGUAUCUGCAACCUGGUGCAAAUGAUUGUCCAGGGCCGCUGGCUGCACGACUCCUCAUUAAAGACGCUGCCACAUGUAGAACAACAAGACCUCUAUCUGUUCAGGAAAUGGGCACACAGGAAGGGGAGGAGUGAUGUGGGAGGCUUCAACGGGCCAAUCGAAGGACUUCCUGAGCUGAUUGCUGCCUGCCAUGGAAAGGAGAGUGUUUUCACUGCUAUUGUGGGCCAAGAGUUUCAAUCAAGUCAGAUUGCGCAGGCAUGGUCCUUCCUGAGUCAUCUCCCGGUGCUGGAGGUUGAGAUGAGUGUGAAGGGCUGGUGGGAGGAGAGCCAGGAGCAGAUGGAGCGUCGCCUGCCUGCAGCAGGAGCUAACCUGAGGGAGGAGAGAAGCUGGCUGGAUGUCCACGCUGACCAGGAGUACGUCCUGCAGGUGUCACUGAGACGCAUCAACCUGGGCCAGCAGAGGAGGAAGCAGGACAGUAAGGCCCAGGCUCCCAGGUUCCCCAAGGCGAAGGAUGAAGGCUGGUUCCUGGUGUUGGGGGAGGUGGAUCGCAGGGAGCUGCUGGCUGUCAAGCGCGUUGGAUACGUGCGUAACUACACAGCCGUGUCUGUGGCCUUCUACACACCAGAGAAUACUGGAAAGUGUAUAUACACCCUGUACCUGAUGAGUGACAGCUACCUGGGACUGGACCAGCAGUACGAGAUUCACCUGAACGUAACACCUGCCAGCAUCGCUGCUCAGGUCAACACAGAGGUGUCUGACUCAGUGACCGACCUGUCCCUCAGCUGAGGAGCGACGACAGAAAAACGCAUCAUCUGCAGCAGAACAGAGUCUGCAGUGAGCAACAGAUGAGCGUGAUGAAUCGGAAACACUGGAUCAGAUGUCCUCAUACUGAGGUGUCACUGACCUGUGAUCAAUUUACAGUGACAGCUCUCCCCACUUUAUCUCAGCUUCCCUUCUCUACUUGUACUUCAGUUAUUGCUUUGUAACAUCAAGAUCUUCACCUCUGACUAGAACUUGUGACUGCGUUGCAUUCAGGUUCUUCUUCUACCAUAGAUUUUACCCAUGAUUUAGAUCAGUUUGACAUUAGAGGUGUGGAGGAAUCUCCUGUGAUUCUUUGUAAGUGAAAAAAACAUGACCUUUAUGUUUUAGUUCAGUUAAACAUAUUUUAUAAUUUCAUUUUAUUGAUUUAACCUCAUUUAGUACUGAAUUAUAUCAGUUGCAUUGACUUCUGGCCACACCUGAAUCAGCGAAGUCACAGCAGCUAUUUAACCUUUGACAAGUGAUGCAAAAUACUUUCUGUAACAUCACUGAAGGUCAAUACUGUAAAUGUGUCUCAUUUCAGAAGGUGCCUCCUUCACUGUCUGUUUUUCUCGACCAAAGACAUUACAGCAGGGCAGCAAGGCUGUCCCGUUCUACAUGUGGUCAUGAAAUAAAGCUUUCUUUGCCAGAGUUGGAGGACAGAACCAGUCUGUAUCAGAAAAUCCACUGAAAGCUGGUUACUUGUCUUAGUGACCUAAAAGCCCUCACAUGAGCUACGUUGCACUACCCUUCAAACGAGCACAUCUCAAGGUAAAUUGGAAUAACAGCACACACUUACAGACUCUCUCCUGAUGAUGGUGUGGUGACAGAAACUGUCAGAAGUGUUUGAGUGAAGAAUGAAAGAAAAAGAGGUGGAGAGCGAGAAGCUCAAACCCUGCCUACUUUUACCCUGCACCCUCACAGCCAGCUGCAGUGUGGGUCCUUCUCUAGGUAUGUCUGAAAGCAGGUGUUCUUCCUCUGAAGCAUUCUGACACCUUACGGUGGGAACGACCAGAAUGUUGAAUUCUGGGUAGGCUUUUCUCAUUUGGAGACAAGGUUCAGCGUCAGUUUACCUUCAUAAGCCACAUCCAUCGCAGGAGGCGGCCGGGAGAUGAGACAGAGCUUCACUUCUGUUUUGCAUGCCUCUGUGGUUUGUCUGGGUAAAAUGGCCUCCACAACAUCCACUCAAAAAAAUGAGUUCAAGUCAACAUCCAGUGUGCAACAGAGGCUUCUGGAGAGUUAUGUAAACACGUAACUUGUUAGUCCUUUAUAGACCAAGGAGAAAAAGGUCUGUGUCCCACAAAAACAAAAUAUUUUUCUGACUGAAAAUACACUGUUUGGCAAUGUAACUGAGACCCGGUCAGCAUAUUCAUAGUGUUUCAACCCUGUGUAUUCAAAUCAUCGCCCCUCUUGCCGUUGCCAUUAAACAGCUAGGCUGCCUACAGGAUGCUUCAGCUCUGGUUUCACCAGCACUUUUAUAAUAACCCAGGCUGUAAUAUUGCUGGACAUUGUGUCCUGGUAACAUAUGAGAUGAGAUGUGGCCAGAAUGCAACAUGCUUUACAGAUUGAGCGAAAAGCAAAAGAGAAUAACACAGAAGCAACUGUGUGCCCUGUGUGUAAACAGCAAUAUCCUGAGGAAAAGAAAGAUGAACUAAUGAACUAAACCAACUUAUAACAACUACUGUGGCCUUAUGGGAAAAUAGCCUGGGGUACAUACAGAUGAGACAGUUCAGCAUGGGAUCAUUCAACCCAACACUGGACUGCAUAUCAGAAGGACUGUGGCUGAGGUUGAGGGUAGGGUGAAGUACUGCAAAGAGCCCGGAGCUCUUCUAGUUAAAAAGUCUUAACUGAGACAUCAAUCCAAAGAUAAAACACAGCAUGUUGGGAGGAAACCUUUCACUGUGCCAAACAGGAAGAAGCUGACAGAGUUUAUUUAAUCUGCUGGAGUGGAUUUCAUUGCAGGUGUGUGAAACAUGCUUCUUUCCACGACAGGGCCUUCGUUCAGAUCACCUGUCACAUCUGUUUAGCCAAAUAUAUCGCUUUCUCUUCAUCGCUUCCUCUUCACUAGAAAUCCCACUGUCCCAAUCUGAAAACAAAUGUUCCAGUAGGGAAAUUUGACAAAGCACGCAAGACAGCAAAAACAUCAGACAUCUUCCCAAACCUGAAAUGGCUUUAAAGUCAUUCAGUGUUGUGGUGAAUUAAUGUUUACGGUUGAAAAUGGUUGCAAAUCUGAAAUGUGCAUCAAUGGCUGACAAAUGAUUGAAUGUGUAGAUCAGCUUCUAAAUAAAAGCAUCAUUUCCGUCUUGUG